UCACCAUAAUCAUCAUAUUCUGUCAAAAUGACAAGCAAUGAAAAAAGUCGUUCGGUACAUCAGUGCUUUAGCUCCCAUAUCUGGUUUGGUUGUUUUCAUGUGGGUAUACUAUGUGUACGUCUUUUUGCUGUGCGUGGAUAUCAUAGAAGAACCAGUGAAAAAGUACUCAUACAUUUCUGUUUUCUCCUUUCUCAUUUUAAUGAGUGUUUGGUGUCUGCUUGGAACCACUUUCAAAUCCCCAGCUCUGGUGCCUAUGCAAUAUCGAGUUACAAAUACACAGCACAAUCUCCUGCUGGAACUGUCCGAAGACGAACAACAUAGCUAUUUGCAACAAAUUGUAAUCAGAAAGAACUUGAUGGUUUUAACGUGUUCACCCAAUGGCACCAUAAGAUACUGCUUCAAAUGCAGACAAAUCAAACCUGACAGAACUCACCAUUGUUCCACAUGUGAGACGUGCGUGUUAAAAAUGGACCACCAUUGUCCCUGGGUGAACAACUGUGUGGGUUAUUCAAAUUACAAGCAAUUCUUCUUGCUGAUAUUUUACACCGUACUGUAUUGUCUAUUUUUUAUAACCACAUCUAUGGAGUACAUAAUUAGCUUAAUACAAGAAAAGCGCAGAGAAGCGCAAAUCAUCGGCGCAUUUACAGCGUCCGUAUUUGCAACCAUAAUAUUUAUGGUGCUGUUGGGGUAUCACAUAGAAUUAGUAGCCAAAAACGAAACCACCAUUGAAGCCUUAAGAGAAGUGAUGUUUUCUAACGGGAACAUGACUUUCGAUUUGGGAUGUUGGACAAAUUUUGCGGAGGUUUUUGGGGAUAAUCGACUUUUAUGGUUUAUUCCAGUAUUUUCCUCCAAGGGAAACGGCUACAAUUUCCAUGCUAUUUACAGAGUUUUAGAAUAGUUUUUUUUUUUUUUUUGUAAAAGCUUACAUUUUUAUAUCACACAUAUACAUAGGUAUAAACAAAAAUAAUAUACACAGUAUUAAAGUU